AUGACGAAGUCGGCUAAAGGCAACAGUCUCGUCAACGUGGGGGGCUACCGGUUUUCGUUGAAGAAGAACAGACCCAAAGGCCCCAAGCAACGGUGGCGAUGCACCUCCCACGACAGAUUCCCACCUUACCAAGUCCUGGAGACGAUCAGGGGUAACCAGCUAAUCUGUCUCGGGGGCUUCAGGUUCUCCAGAAAGAAGGACAAGAGGACGUCUCACAGCCCAAAGCUCCGGUGGCGGUGUGCUACGCACCACAAGUCUGGCUGCACAGCUACUCUUUACACCAUGGAGGAUAACAUAGUAUCGAUUAAAAACGUGCAUAAUCAUCGGCCCCCUCGCGAGUAUCACCGUGCCGCCAGCAAACUGCAGGUCAACCCU